AUGGGAAUUCACGAAGAUGCUCGGAAAGGAACCCUUGUUGGGUCAACCCUCACAGGCUAUAUCGAAGGAAAUCCCAAUAUUGUCAACGAAUGGGACCCUGUGGAAGGUAUGACACCACUUGCAGCUGCUGUAAUCGAAGGACAUGCCGAAGUAGUCAAGCAACUCCUCAGGAGACGUGCCAAGCCAGAUGCUCCCUGCAAGAAUGGCGAAACGCCACUCCUCUUAGCCGCCUGGAAGACGUCCUCAAAUCGCUCCAAGAUAAUUCAGCUGCUCCUCAAUAUCAAAAAGAUGCCCCAGGGCUAUGUGGAUGCCACUUGCAAGAUUGCCAAUGGGAAUACGCCGUUGAUGUUUAUACUCAGCAACACAAACCCCAUCGAUCUUGAAUCCGUUAGGCUACUGCGAAAGGCCGGGGCUUCUCUGACGCUGGAGAACAAUGAUGGAGUAAGUGCAGAGGAAAUGGCUGAGGAAAGCGGUGAUACGCAAGUCAAAUACGCGCUUCGUCCAGAAGAGGAGCAGACAUUCUUUCAAAAGUCCUCCGCAUUCAUCACUUCAUUGCUACUUUACGUCGUUGCGUGGGUGGUGAACGGCUCCAAAGAGACCAAUGCGGCUGACUUUGCGGCCAACGUGGACAACUUUGUCCAAGAAAACCCUAUCCUAGAGCGCUUCUUCAAAGGUAAGAAGUUUAUACAAGAACUGGCAAAGAAGGCUUCCGACUUGGAGAAUGAUCCAUCAACACCCCUUGGUUCCAAGGAACUUUUACCGAAAACGAUCAAAGUGAACUUACAUCAACAAGCUAUCCUCUGUGGCAACGGUUCAAUGAGAUUCGAGGGUCGUUUUGAUUCCUUGAAAAAGCUUGUUUUCCGAAUUACUUUAAUCACUACUCGUAUCCUGCCAGCCGAUGAAGGCGUUGCGAUAUGCUUCAUCAAUCAAGAUGUCAACGAUGCCACAAACCUGACUCUUGAUCAAAUUGUCAAGAUGCUGGAGCCUAUGAAAGAAAAGAGAGGCGGCGACACUGAGACUGGCACAACCCUAAGGAAGAAGAUCCUCGAGCCAAUGGUUUAUAAAAAGCUUUCGGAAAAGAAUUUUGAAAGGCCAUUGCUCAUCUCUAUCCUCACUGACGGUCAGCCCUCGGGAGAAAAGAAGACUGAGUUUGUGGAUGCCGUUCUGGAGUGCGGUCAAAGAUUGGAGGAAGCCGGGUAUCCUCGCCAGAGCGUAAAGUUCCUGGUUGCUCAGAUCGGGACGGCAAAAUCUGCCACGAAGUUCUUGGAAAGCCUAAGGAGCAAUGAGCAGCUAAAGGAUGUGAUGUUUUGUACCACAGACCAGUUGGACGCAAAAUUAUCCGACCUCCACAAAAAUGAGAGAGACUUAGACAGAUGGCUACUCGAAACUCUCUUUUCAACAAUUAAAGAUGCUGAGUAG